AUGUUCAAAAAAUUCUCUAAGGAAGAUGUACACUCUCGUUCCAAAGUAAAGUCUUCUAUUCAAAGGACUUUGAAGGCCAAAUUAGUAUCCCAAUAUCCCCAAUUAGAAAGUGUGAUAGAUGAAUUAAUUCCUAAGAAGAGUCAGAUUGAAUUGAUCAAGUGUGAAGACAAAAUCCAGCUAUAUGCUGUCGAUGGUGAAAUAUUAUUUUUCCAAAAAUUCGAUGAACUUAUCCCAAGUUUGAGACUAGUACACAAAUUCCCAGAAGCUUAUCCAACCGUUCAAGUUGAUAGAGGUGCCAUCAAGUUUGUUCUUUCUGGUGCUAACAUUAUGUGUCCAGGCUUAACCUCUCCAGGUGCAAAACUACCCGUCUCUCCAGGUUUUGAAAAGGAUUCCAUUGUUAUCAUCAAUGCAGAAAACAAAGAAAAUGCUUUGGCCGUAGGAAAGUUACUUAUGAGCACUGACGAGAUCAGUUCUAUCAACAAAGGUCAUGGUGUGGAGCUAAUUCACCAUCUAGGAGAUCCUUUAUGGAAUUUUAGUGUCGAAUAA